UUAACCCAUGGGCGCUUGCUUUUGAUUCGAGCAAAUGGCUGGACCCAUUUUACUGAAGACUGCUCUCUUAUUCAUUCAGGAAAGUCAAGAUGCAUUUGCUUGGAACGUGGUCUCCAUGCCAAAACUUGAAGACAACAAUCGAAAGCUCUCUUUUUGUCUUGUCUGGCCACGAGACUGACUGAUCACUAAGCAACCAAGACAGGGAAACAAUAGGCCUGCAAUCACUGCCACUUCAAUGACAUGGCCAACUGAGCCAUUGAAGAAGUCAACUGAGUACUCAUCCUAAAUAUGGAACCCUAUCUUUCAGGGAUCUUAGGAUUUCUUACCAUUUGCCUACAAGCUCAUUCCACUUACUCAACUUGCACUGAGAGCAACAUUCCUAGCUCUAAACCCUCGUAUAUGACUCAUGAUACAUUCGACAUCUCCAGCGGAGCUCUGUCUUUGAGGUGCACCGAUGGGCGGGUUCUAACCUUGGACUCGGGUACAACAGGAUAUUCUUCGGAUGGAUAUUUGGACCUAUUAUGUGUCAACGAUACUUGGGAAGCCCCCGCUGAAUGGCCUACGGAGGACAAAUGCCAAUUAGGAGCAGAGUGUCAACGAACCGACCUCACCUCCGAUCUCCCGGCUCACCUCAGCAUAUCAAGCCCUCCGGAUACGGAAACUGUCGUAGCUUCAGGCAGUAUGGCAACCUAUGGUUGUAGUGACAACACCAAGGUUUUGGCCGCCAGCCAAGCCCCUUUUGAGAGGGAGUGCUACAAUGGGGCCUUCUUCAACUCAAGCAAAGGGGCGGAUUUGCCUGUCGUGGAGGAUUGUGUUGACCCUUCGCCAUGCCCGUUGUCCCAAUUGAAUGGAUUAAUGAUUCCGGGUCAUAUGGAAACCACAGCAGAUUACUCGAGUACGAUCAACCAUGACGAAGUGGUUGAUUUCCAAUGUCGCGAUGGUAAACAAUUGGACCCAGUGGUGGACCCGCAAGCACUGAACAAAAUCAGCCUCAAGUGCAAUUCUGGUACUAUCGAGAGUCCACUUUCAUGGCCGACUGUGAUGGACUGCAAAGCGUUUUGCGACCCCUUAACUCUCCCGGAUACUGGAUACGACCUCCCCGAGGCUCCCUACAGUGCAUGGGAAGGACAAAACUUAACAAUAACUUGUUCCAAUAGCACUCACUUCGUCGACACCGAUUGGGCAACAAAUAAGGUUGUCAUCACGUGCCAAUCCAAUGGAUCUUUUGACGCCCCCUCCAUUUGGCCCACGUGUGCUGCACGACCCAAAUGUGGUACUCCACCCGUUCCAUCAACCGCCACCAACUUGGAACUUGCAGAUCCUACUGUCACUGAAGUUGAAGUUACUAAUGCAGCCAUAUACAAAUGCAAAACGAAAGGCCAAGUCACGAGUGAAGGCACCACUGUCAAUGUCCCUUGCAUUAAGGAUGGUUCGGAAGUCACCCAGACUUACAAACUCCCCGUUGCAUGGAACGGAGCCGGUACCCAAUGUCGGGCUCCUACUUAUUGCGGGAUUGUUCCUUUUCCUCCAACUACCAGUGGAUUGCAGGCUGAAACUCCACCCACAGGGGGUUACCCAGAAUUUAGCAAUGUCACUUACGCUUGCAAGGACCCGGAGCAUAUCUUAUACAGCUCAUCAAAACCCUCAACAAUGGCGACUUUCGAAAUCGAAUGCCUGAAUGGCGGUCAAUUUCCAACUGGAAUUGCAUGGCCUUACUGCGAUGUUGCCAAUCCGCCAAAGUGCAAAACUCCAUUGAAAGUGACCAUGGGUGUUGAGAUUGAAUUGCACGGCACAUUUCCAACUAACGGGGUCAGUGUGGGCGGAUCCAUUACUUAUCGAUGCAAGGAUCCAGCUAUGACAACAGCCUUGGGCUAUGAUAUAAAGGUUACUUGUGAAAGAGAUUUCUCAGAGGGUACGGCCGACUUCCGAAAACCCAACAGUUGGGACACUUUGAAAUGUCGACCCGCAGCAUAUCCAAAUUUUGAAAGGAAGCCCUGCAUUUGUCCCGGAGACCCUGGGGUGAGCCCUGAAAACACUCGGGAGAUAUUGAACAAGGUGUGUCGAAAGAACUCCAUGCGAAGAAGUUGGGACGGAAAGACCAUUCCGUUAAAGACGCGAUGUGGGGUCCAGUCUUUAAGUGACAUAUCCACGGACAGCUUCUGCCAAUGCGAGGAAAAAAAUGACUUAGGAGUUGACUUUGCUGUUUGGUCUUUGGGCGAGGUGACGAGUUACAAAUGGCAGGCCAACUACUCGGACCCAAGCACUACUGAAUUCUUCGAACUUCAGAUGGAGAUUCAAAAAGAGCUGGAUAACCUUAUCUUGGAUAAAUUUGCCGAUCUGGAGACGUGGCCAUUCGUCAGAUCCUAUAUGUUUGGCGUUGUGCCUGGCAAGCCAUUGGGGUGUUCCGAAAAUGUCAUUCCUGAGCCAGCAGCUGAAUCAGGACUGGUGGUGGUGGAGAAGAAGUAUGUCCCGUUUGGCCAAUCCAUUGACUUCAGGUGCAAGAAUCCGAACUAUGUCACCAAUGACGGAGUCCUUUAUAAGCUAAGAUGUAUGGACAACGGACGAUUCCUCAAUCGCCUUUGGCUGGAGUGCAGACCAAGGAAGAUUUGCUUAAAGCCCCCACCAAGACCAGAUGACCGAUCAGGGCUGAAAUUUAGCGAGUCCAUCAAUGUUCCUGAAUUCAAUAAUGCCGUUUAUGAAUGCAAACAACCCGGAUAUGUCGUUCCCAACACCAAGGAUGGCAAGUUUCGAACUCCUUGCAAACGAACUAGCUCGUUUGAACAAAGUGUAAGGAUUGAUUGGCCCGUGUGCACCAUGAAACCCACUGAGGUUUGUGAACCCGUUCCUAGUGCCCCAGCAGGCUAUGUGUUGUAUAAUGAAGUUUCUCAAUUCAUAACCGUGGGUCAGAAGCUGACUUUUGGAUGUCAAGACUCUAAAAUGUUGAUGGGAGAUACGCUUACUAUGUCCUUUACCUGUGUAAAGGAAUCCAACAACACUUUCUUGUUUAAAGGGCUAGACGUUAGCAACUUGCCUCAAUGUCGAUUCCCUAGUUAUUGUGACCCCACCUCCUUGCCACUACCUCCUGAAAGUUCAGGGCUGGACUUACCAAUCCAGAGUCAGAAAGUGGAAGAAGGCGGGUUUGUUGAAUACUCUUGCAGUAAAGGACUCGGAUGGUCCCUGGUGGCCAAUGAUGUUAACUCCAAAUUUAUUGGUUCCCAAGGGAUUGUUGUCGGUGGAAAGUUGAGACUGUAUUGUGGAGCAGGGCCUUCAUUUGGCAAUGUUACUCAAUGGCCCGUCUGCCGGAAUUUGUCCAUAACCCAAUGUGACCCUAUUCCGGACUUCUCAAGUUUCGGAUUGAAAUCAUCCAUUACUGGUUCGGUGGCCGUUGGGGUGCAGGUGACAUUGUCCUGUGUUUCUAUGGACGAAGUUACUGAGCACUUUGCUACCACAGAAAUGACUUGCGGACCCGAUGGAAAGUACCACAUGACAAAAGAGUUGACCGACUGCCGGCCUGCUUUGGAAUGCCCUGUGGCCCCAGAUGCGCCCGAAGAGUCACGAUUAGUCAAAGUCACUGCAACGGCUGUUCAGGAGUUUCAAACUCAAGAAUAUAAAUGUGAGGAUGGAUUCACUUUGGAUGGGGUGAUCACUGAUAGUGUAAUCAACAGUAUGGGUCGAUUGUCCAUUCCAUGCAUGUUGGCUGAUGGAGAAUUUGUCCCUCCAGCUACAUGGCCAACUUGUGUCCCUAUUGCUAGCCAAUGCUCCCAAGUCCCGACCUUACCCGGAUUCACAACACUUUCAGUUGGGCCAAUGUCAAUCAAUGAAAGGGUUUACUACACUUGUUCAAACCAAGGAGAGGUGACUGAUCAAGGCAGAUGGAUCGACUCGAGGUGUACACAUAGUGGAAUAGUUGCUGUUCCAGUGUCUAUACCAGCAUGUCGUAAAGCCAAGGAAUGCGAGUCACCUCCUGUUCCCGAUCAGUCCUUGACAAGAUUAAUGCCAUCCCAAUCGUUAGGGAUUCGAGAGUUUGGGCUAGCCACCUAUAAAUGUGUCGAAGGCUCAACCCUGUCACCUGAAUUUGCUGAUACUCAGGGAAAUUUCAAUCUUCAAUGUGGUCUCAAUGGAGCAUACCCUCAAGCUCCUAAUUUCCCAACAUGCGCCAUUUCAUCUUGCAUUAGCGUUGAGGCCAAAGACAGAUUCACAACUGGAGAUGUGGCUCCAAUAGCCAUAGGGGAACAUGUGAGAUAUGAAUGCUCAGACACUGGACAAAUUCCCGGCGAUUCACCUGGUCCAGUGGAGGUAGAAUGUAUGCCUGAUGGGACACUGAACUAUCCUGAUCCUUUCCCAGUCUGUCGAUCAAAGGCCUCCUGUUCUUCUCCUUAUCCUGUGCCACCAGCAAGUUCAUUCCUGUUGAAAACGCUUUCGAGCUUAUUGAAUGAAUUUGAUUGGGCCUCAUAUGCUUGUAAGGAGGGUGCAACUCUCCAAGGGGUUUCCAAUCCGUUCAUUGAGAAUGGCAGAUUUAAAGCUCAAUGCCAAGUUGGUGGAACAUGGAACACCACAAUUGAUUGGCCCACUUGCAUUGUAGAGUUUUGCCCUCAAGCAAUAAUUCCAAGUUUUCCUGGUUACACCAGAAUUGGCACUGGGGACGCUGCUGUUCAGACCAAUGUAGAAUACAAGUGUACUGACCCAUCCAAGAUCAUGCCUGGGGGUACAAAUCACCUCAUUCCGUGCAAUACAGACGGGACCGUGGAUGAUACAACACCUCCACCAACUUGUGAAUUGGCGAAUGUGUGUCCAUCAGCGCCAAUCCCCGAUGCUAGUCAUAAUCUGGCUCCAUAUUCAGGCCCUGACGUCCAAGAGUUCAACUUUGCUUUGUAUGGUUGCAAGGAUGGGUCUACCCUGGAAGGCGUGACAAAUCCCAAUGUUGAGAAUAACAAGUUCAAACUAGAAUGUGAGGUGGGAGGUCAAUGGCCCGUGACUGUGGCCUGGCCGACGUGCAUUGUUGAAAAGUGUGCGGUAUUUCCAGCCGUUGGUGGGAUCAAACCAAAACAUACGACUUUUGUUCCUGUUGGUGGAUUCUCUAAAUAUAUUUGCGAGCUUGAUGGCCAGGUAUUUGAUAGCGGCAUGGAGAUAGAUGUUGAGUGCCUGGCCGAUGGCACCUUAGAUAUUCCAGAUCCUAUUCCAAGUUGCCGAGCACCUGUUUCUUGUCCAGCUCCACCCAUACCAAGCGCAGCCUCAAGUCUGCAAGGCUCAACGUCCAGUAAUGUCACGGAAUUCAGCUCGGCAGAAUAUAUGUGCCAAGAGCAUACCUUUUUGGCCAAGACAGAUCCUAGUGUUAAAGAUGGGAAGUUUAUGCUGCAAUGCCAAGCUGGUGGAGUAUAUGACGCAAACCCAACAUGGACCUCGUGCCGCCAUUAUCGAUGUGAUCCUUCUGCACUGACAAUUCCAGCCGGCUUCAAAGUGGCCAAUCCUGAGCCUUUUGUCUAUACAAAUGAGGUCUAUACUCUGGUCUGCGAAACCGAGGGCGAGGUCACGUCUGAGGGUCCAUUUCUAUCCCUUACUUGUCAAGAGGAUGGCACAUUCACCCCUUUGCCAACAAAUCCAACUUGCGCCGCUUCAGCAACAUGUCCCGCUCCAACAGUGGCUCCUCCCGCGGAAAAUAGGUUUAAGCCGUAUGAUUCGGAGGUGGAAGUCAAAGUGUAUGGUCACGCAAGCUUUGAAUGUCAAGAGGGCUAUUUCAUUAAGUUGGGCAAUAGUGAGUACCUUUCCACCUACGAGUUAAAAUGUGAGGGUGAUCAAACGUAUGAAACUCCUGUUUGGCCCAAAUGCGGCGUGAAGACCUGCAACGUGGUCCCUCCUACGGGAUUCCAAGUUAGCAAUGAUGCCCCAUUCCGAGACGAAUCUGCCUUCUUCUCGUGUACAUCUACCAAUCAAGUGACUGACGUGGGCAAAACAAUUCCAUUUACCUGCCUCGAGGAUGGAACCUAUGACACUCCGAAUGAAAAUGUUACUUGCCGCUCACCACAAACUUGCUCUUCUCUUAUUCCUGACCCUCCAGCAGAUAGCAACCUUGUUUCAAUGGGAUCUCAAGUAUCUAAAGAAUACGACAUUGCCAUGUUCAAAUGCGAAUUAGGCUUCACUUUUAAAGGAACUACAUCUGAGAACCGACCUGACACUACUGCCACUGAUUUCUUUCACCUGCCAUGUGAGGGUACCGCUGGAUUUCCCGAUCCAGUGGAUUGGCCAACUUGUGUGCCAAGAUGUGAAUCAGCCUUGAUACCACCCACUGCGGAACAAAGUUUACGACCGAGGACUUUUGUCUACAUUGAUCCCGGACAACACCUAGAAUAUGAGUGUGAAGACCAGGACUACGGUGUACCCACGUCCCAUUACUUUAAGGUUGAGUGCGGUCUGGACGGACAGUUUAUUCCUCCCGCUACCUGGCCGACGUGUGAACUCAGGAAUGAAUGUCCUUUUGCGCCAGAGCCACCCACUGGUUCAAAUAUGCAAAUUGCUUCGGCCUUACCUAGCAAAGACCACGAUGUGAUUAAGUAUGAAUGCAAAAGUGGCUUCUCAUUUGUCAACAAUGAGGGGCUUACCUUUCCGUCUGAUGUAAUACCCGGAGUGGUACGAAUGAAAUGCGGGUCAGACGGCCGGUUUAGUCACAUUGACUUGGAGCAUUACAACAACGCAUGGCCAGUCUGCGAGCCCGGAAAUCAAAGGCGGAAACGUUUGGUGGACUACACUGGUCUUCAUGAUGAUAUCGAUUACAGUAUUUUGAUUAUGGUGGAAUUUCAAUUCAUGUACACACCGGAAUUGGAGUCUGACAUGAAGGACUUGUUCAAUUCAACCAAAGACCAAGCUAACUACACGCAAUUACUGGUGGAGUUGUUCCAUUCACAACUGGGAGAAGCUCUUGGCGAUGGUGAGAUCAGGGCUGGACUGUCCCUAAGAGUUCCAUUCACUCCUACUUGUGAGCAACCUACAAAUGCUGAAAUGCCGGCGGGUAGUUGCGUCCAGACAGGAAAUUAUCCGGUUUGCCCUCAUGCCGUGAUCAAUGGUGCCUGGUUGGGAUCUCUCGGGUAUGAGUACAAAAUUCAGAAUCCCAAAUGGAUGAACCAUGUAGCCAAUUUGUACCACCUUCCUGUUGGAUCGGAGAUCAACUUCUUUUGCAAGAAUAAACUCAAGCGACCCCGAAAAGAUGAAAACGAUGGUGAUCCCAACGAUGGAAUCAUUACAGCUGUGUGCCGGCACACUGGAGAAUUCUCAGUAACAAUGAAUCCUGGAGACUGGGAUCGUUGUCGAAGUCUGUGUAGUCCGGAAAAACCAAUGCCACCCACAGUCGAAAACGCUCAAUUGAUUCCUUAUGAUUCGGAACAAAAGUGGCAGAGGGAACAUUGGGAGGAUGAGGAAAUCUCCUAUGGAUGUGAAAACACCUCAUUGGUUCUCAACGAGGAAGUGGGCGUCAAGUCUGUUGUUUACCUGUGUCUCGAAGGCGGCACUUACAGCACGCCUCCAUCGAGCAAUUUAUGGCCUCAAUGCGGACCUAAGCCAAUUGAUCCAUACAUUAUCUUUGCUGUGGAUCUGAUGACAGCGAAAUAUGAUCGAAACUUGCAAUAUAGACACGAACUGACUCAAGGGAAUAUAACCACGACAGAAUUCCUCCAAUCUACAGAGGGGAUUCUUUCGAUUACAGUACCAUGUAUUUCAGUUAUCAUCUUACUGAUCUUCUUCAUUCUGUGCUGUACCAGAGCCAAUAGUCCCAUCUGCAAGAUUUUCGAGCCUCAAGCGUAAACGUCCAGUAGAGACUUUGCUCUAAAAAUAACCAUGACCGAUCCACGAUCGACGAGACGAGAGUACACGAUCUUUUCUUAAUGUACUUCACAUGGACCAGUCUGUUGAAUAAAGAGUAAUUCCAACA